AUGGUGAAUCAAUUGUUCAGUGACUAUAAUACUAGCGAAAGUGAUGAUGAAAGUAAUAUUGCAAUUGAUGACAAUAAUCAAUCACCUGAAUGUGAGUUUAAAAAUUUAUCACCAAAUAUUCCCACAUGUUUACCAUUAUUUGAACCAAUAUAUUAUCAAAACGAUCAGUUUGACAACGUACAUCCUUUUGAUGAUCAUUUAUUAGACAUGAAUAAUGAAACACCAUUAUUUAAUGGCAGUUCUAUAACUGUCAACAAAGCCGUACGUGAACUCUGCUAUUUCUUCACCGAUUUCAAUAUAAACAAACGUACUGCAGCUCAUCUACUUCGUAUUAUUAAAAGAUUUUUACCAAAACCUAAUAGACUACCAACGUCCUGGAAAGGGAUCAUGAAAGUAUUAGGUCAUGUAUCAAGAUCACGAACAACAUUUUUAUGCUCAAGCUGCUUUCAACAAUGUCAAAAGGGUCGAUAUGGUACUAAAUUAUGCACAAAUGAACAAUGUCCUAAAAAAAAUCGAACAAUGAAAAGUACUGAAAUAGUCGAACUAGUACAUCUAGAUAUUCGUACACAAAUACAAGCCAUCUUAGCUAGAAAUAAAUUAUUACUUAAUCGAAAAGAUUUGUAUCCUAUGUCGGAUGUUUGUUUCGGCGAAUCUUAUCAAAAUCAAUCAAGUACAACAACUAAUCGUGUUACUUUAAUCGUUCACACGGACGGAGCGCCACUCGUUAAAUUAUCAAAACAAAGUAUAUGGCCCUGUUUCGCCUCACUGGUGGAAUUACCUCCACCAGCUCGUGACUACCAUAAAAAUACCGUUAUACUGUCACUAUGGACGUCAAAAAUCAAACCUGAUCCAAAUACAUUUUUACAUGAAACCAUCGAAGAACUUAAACUACUUAUUAAUAAUGGUACAUCAAUAUUUAUUAAUGGACAAGAAUAUGAAAUUACUUUAAGAACACAAUAUUUUAUAUCUGAUCUUCCAGCAAAAGCUCUUUUUUGUAAAACUAUCAAUUUUAAUGGCUAUUCAGCCUGCACCGAGUGUUGCAGUACAGGUAAGUGUAAUCAUUUUGGAGGCUUUUUUAUUUUGCGAUCUGAAAUAUUUUAG